ACAUCCAGUUGUGGCUGAUGACAUACUUGUCGUUUCGAUGAAACUUUUGCAGGUUUGUAAAACAUGUUUUUAAAAGAAGUAUUGAAAAAGAUCUUUAAAGGAAACACUCAUUUGGUGAAUUUGUGCAUUUUUUUGGCCUUAAAACACUUCAAGACAGUUCACUUAUAUCAAACUUGUGCCGAAGAAAAUAGAUUCACGUGCUGAGUCGGUGUAGAAAGAAAGAAAUAUGGCGACCGGAGGAAAAAAUAUCCGGAGCGAGAGCAGGAAAGUUUCGGAGAGCUCCAGUAGCGAGCUUCGUCUUUCCACGUCUUCCUCGGACGGUAAAGAUGAUAAGGAAGUGAAGGAGAAGCUCUCCGGUGUCGUGAAAGGCGUCCACGCCAAGCUGAGGAGGAAAUACCGCGAAGUUGGAGACUUUGACAAGAUCUGGCAGGAGCAUUGUGAAGACGAGCAAUCCCUGAGCGAGUACGCCUGCGCCAUGAGACUCCUGGCCGUGGACCACUGGAAGAAGACGACGCCCAGCGACCACGAUCGCAUCGAGUGGUGCAGACGGACGUGCUACGAGUUCUUCCGCGGCGGCGGGCUGUCCAAGUGUCUGGAGAAGGACGACAGGAGGAGGCAGCACGCGCUAGGGGGCGCUGCUAACGGGGACAGCUGCGAAACGGAGAGGAAAAGGAUGAAAACGGCAGACUACAACACAAUAAAACUUCCCUUCACCAGUAAGAUCCGGCUACUGGACGUCGGCAGCUGCUACAACCCCUUCAUGGAAUUUGAGGACUUCCUGGCCAUAGGGAUCGACAUCGUACCUGCUGUAGAGAGUGUUUUCAAGUGCGACUUCCUCAACCUCCAAAUCCAGGAGCCUCUACAACUGGCGCCGGACACGAUAGACACUUUUCUCCGAGGAAGCUUACGCAGCCCGCUGGAGAGAGUACCUCGUGAAAUCUUCCACGUCGUCGUGUUCUCCCUUCUACUGUCGUACUUUCCCUCGCCGUACCAGCGGUGGAUAUGCUGCCAGAAGGCGCACGAACUUCUCGCACUAAACGGACUCCUGUUGAUCAUAACACCGGACUCGAGCCACCAGGGGCGCAACGCGGCGAUGAUCAAGAGUUGGAAGAAAGCGAUAGAGUCGAUGGGUUUCCAGAGGUGGCGGUACGGCAAGGACAGGCACUUGCACCUCAUGGCAUUCAGGAAAGUCUCGCGGGACACGAGAAACAAUCUCCUGAACAACGACGCCACGCCAGACAUGCUGUACAUACCACAGGACUUCAACGAGUUCGAGGAAGAGAGUGUGUUUACGGACGCUUUCACACGCUCAGACAGCGAAGAGAGACUAUUGGUGGAAGGUUUCGGGGCGUUGCCGGAAGGAAUGAUGGACGAGCUUGAUUUCAGUUAGGGUCACGUCGCAUUGUGUCAUGUCUGUGUUCUGUAUGUAUGGUCGCCCAUUCCACUGUCAUGUGCCAUAUUAACCAUGUAUGUGCUGAUCUCCGAGCAGAACCUACGGCGGCAUAAGAUAGUAUCAAAACUGCCUAAGGGUUGUACAUUUGCCACCUAGGAUCUAUCCUCACUCAUCAUCAUCAUAAGGUUCCGUGCCAGUACUGCCAUGGCCUUCUCGUUAGCUUCUAGCAGGUCAUGGUUGGAGGUGUUAAGAUGAUGAUGCUAUCUUACGCCACCAUUGGAUCUGCUUGGAGAUUACUGAGGUUGCCUUUUUGGCGCUAAAGUUGUAUCUGUCAGUGACAGAUGCUCGCCGCUUCAAUCAAAUUGAUAGGUUCACAGAUUUUAUAAGUCAGAUCCUUAAAAAUCUGUGAGGAAUUUGAAUUGGUGCGGAUUUGGUACGGUCUGAAAGCCAAUCUGCCCUAUCCAAGCCAAUGAGGAAUACAAACAAGGAGUGGAAUAUUACAUAGAAAACUGUAAUCAAUAUCUAUAUGUGGAAUAAUAUCAUGUGUAUUGAUAUUUACUACCAAAUAUAUGCAAUAUUCAUCUACAUGUAUGUACCUGGCAGCAUCUAACCCAAAAUUUUUGUAAAACUAAGAGGGCAAAAGAUGACAAAUCAUUUGAAAUCAGAUUUUAGAAAGGGAAAGAGCUAAGUUUUUUCUAUUGUUUUGUCUCUAUCAUGUGUUCUGCUAUAUAUCAUGUUACUAAAAGUAUUUGUAUAUUUUGCAAUAAAUGUGUAAAACAGUGUACAUGUAUAUGAUACUUAUAUGCUGUUGUGAUAUUUGUAUACUUGUUAUGCCGUUAAAUACUGCCUAAAGCAGCUUUUGUUUUAUUAUAUAUCAGUGCAGCUGGUCAGACUACCUCUUCUUUGAAUUAGCGAAAAUUAUCAAAACUAUAAAAGUUUUACUCUUGUGGCAAAAUCUAAACUCUGAUAUGCUAAAAGUCUGAUAUGAAAAUUAAAAAUAAAUUGAUACUUUAUUUCACAGCAAACUUUGACCAUAUUUUUCAGUCUUGCUUACUUGUCACCUUGAGAAAUGGAACUCAAAACUAGGACAAACUGUUUCAAAUGUUUCUGCAACUUCCAUUUAACAAGUUCUUUUGUGAAGAGAUCGAGUUGUGUUGUGAGAAGACAAGCAUAAAAUGUAUGACAUCACUUGUAAUUCCACCACAUAUCCUAAGACCGCCACAUAGAAAAAAAUGGUGAAUCUAAGGAAAUCGGCUAAUGCAAAAUCAGCAGUUUCUGAGGUAUGCACACUUUGGAUAUCAUAGCCUGGUAUCCAAACCUAUUAUAGCUCCCGAGUUUCCUCUGUCCUCUCCAAACAUAGAAGAGAAGUUGGGAGUUCUAAUAGGUUUGGAUAUCAUGCCACAGGCAUCCAGGUGUUCAAAACAGUCUUGAGAACAACUCAAUGGUAAUUUUUUUUUUAAUGUGAGGGUUUUAGAGUACCCAGCAGAAUCUUGAGAGUUGAUGUCAAACAUAUCUAAGAAAGAGUGUGAGAAGUUUGAGCAGUAUUUUCAGAUUGUCAUAUCAGGAAACUUGAAAGAGUCCUCAUCUGAUAUGUGUUGGUUUGUGUUGAACUAAAAUCCAAGCAGAUGAAAGGAUCCGACGCCAUGUUUUUGUGUUCCCAAAUCUGGGGAAGACGUACUGUGAAUCACUGAGGCUGAGUCGGACCCUUACGUCUGCUUGGAGACUAAGUACAGUGGCAAAGGAAGAAGAUAAGUUGGCUAAGUUGAGAUGGAAGGAGGGAUGAGACUAUUUAUAGAAUGCCUAGAACUAUUGAAAUGGAGUUGCACAUUUGAAUCUCAACAUGUUCUUGGUUGGGAUGACUUGUUCACUGUUGGAGUUCUCGUUGGCCUUUGAAUUUGUUCACAUUGUAUACUUUGAGACCAUCUGAAUGCACAAUUACAUUCACUGUUCCGUUUAUUCCAUGCAGAAGAAACACUGGAAUAAAAAAGUAAACUUGC